CGACGCAAGUAUCUUCAUUCAAACUGUCACCAACAACAUCGCUCUUACUCCCAUGAGUGUAAUCAAACCCACCCAAUGGAACACUCGUUUUGGUCACUCCCAUGAGACAUGAUCGCCUCCACCUCCACUUCCACCAAUGUUGUACCUCACCCUCUGCGCUUUCUGUCCAAACCAACCUCACAUUCCACUACGAGGUUUCUGUCUCUCACACUCCACUCUCGGGGCAUCGCUGUUGCACUUUCCUCGUCCAGUAGAACCACCCCCUUGAAGCCCACGUGCCACUUCAACAGCAAAGAUGGAAGCUUUGAGCUGCAUGAGGAUGAGGAUGAGCGUGAUGUGCAUUGUGAGGUCCAAGUGAUUUCGUGGAGGGAGCGCAAAGUUAACGCCCAAAUCACGGUUGAUGCUGACACUGAGUCCGUUUGGAAUGCUCUCACUGAUUAUGAGCAUCUUGCUGACUUCAUCCCAAAUCUUGUGUGGAGUGGGAGAAUUCCUUGUCCGUACCCAGGAAGGAUAUGGUUAGAGCAAAGGGGAUUCCAAAGGGCAAUGUAUUGGCAUAUAGAAGCUCGUGUUGUGUUGGAUCUUCGAGAAGUCAUCAAUUCAGCAUGGGAUCGAGAACUUCACUUUUCCAUGGUUGAUGGGGACUUUAAGAAGUUCGAUGGUAAAUGGUCCGUAAAAUCUGGAACAAGGUCAUCAACUGCUAUUUUAUCUUAUGAAGUUGAUGUGAUACCAAGGUUCAAUUUCCCAGCUAUUUUUUUGGAAAGGAUUAUCAGAUCCGAUCUUCCUGUGAACCUUCGAGCUUUGGCAUACAGAGCUGAAAGGAACUUUGUGGGAUAUCAGAAACUUCCAGUGUCAGAAAACCACUUGCGCAAAACUUAUGCGGCCAUUAACGGGUCAUCUGUUAAAAAGAUAAAUGGUGCUUCGUCUGAAAGUUUUAAAAAGAUAAAUGGUGCUUUGUGUGGAAGUGAUAAGUUGCCUCCUGCAGAGAACAAAAAAGAAAUUGCCACCUCAGUUUCUGGUUCCAUGCUCACAUCUUCCAGUGAGGUGAGAAGCAACUGGGGUGUAUUUGGAAAAGUUUGCAGGCUUGACAGACCUCGGAUGGUGGAUGAAGUUCAUCUCCGCAGAUUUGAUGGACUUCUGGAAAAUGGAGGUGUUCAUCGCUGUGUUGUUGCAAGCAUAACAGUUAAAGCUCCUGUUCGUGAAGUAUGGAAUAUUCUAACUGCCUACGAGACUCUUCCUGAGAUAGUUCCAAAUUUAGCAAUCAGUAAGGUGGUAUCACGAGAUAAUAGUAAAGUUCGCAUUCUUCAGGAAGGGUGUAAGGGUCUUCUUUAUAUGGUGCUUCAUGCUCGUGUAGUGCUGGACUUGUGUGAAUAUUUAGAACAGGAGAUCAGUUUUGAACAAGUUGAAGGGGACUUUGAUUCAUUCCGGGGAAAAUGGAUUUUUGAGCAACUAGGAAAUCAUCACACACUGCUAAAGUACUCUGUGGAGUCAAAAAUGCGCAAAGAUACUUUCCUUUCCGAAGCCAUAAUGGAGGAGGUCAUUUAUGAAGAUCUCCCAUCAAACUUGUCUGCAAUAAGAGACUAUAUUGAGAACAUGAAUGCAUCAAAAUCUUCUGAAGUUUGUGAGCAGAAUACGAAUUCAGGGCAACAAAUUGUUUCAUCAGGCUCUCAAAAAGAUGACAACUCUGGUUCAACUGAGGAAGUUCCUCAUUGCGACGUUCGAUGUUCAUCUCAGCAAAGAUCUAAAGUGCCAGGCUUACAGAGGAAUAUUAAAGUACUAGAAUCUGAACUACUGAAAUUCAUUGCAGAACAUGGACAGGAAGGAUUUAUGCCAAUGAGGAAGCAACUCCGUUUGCAUGGAAGAGUGGAUAUUGAGAAGGCUAUAACUCGCAUGGGUGGAUUCAGAAAGAUUGCAACCAUAUUGAACCUUUCUUUGGCUUACAAACACCGGAAACCUAAGGGUUACUGGGACAAUCUUGAAAAUUUGCAGGAAGAGAUAAGUCGGUUUCAAAGGAGCUGGGGCAUAGACCCUUCAUUUAUGCCCAGUAGAAAGUCAUUUGAACGUGCAGGGCGAUAUGAUAUUGCACGUGCACUGGAAAAGUGGGGUGGACUACACGAGGUUUCUCGCCUUCUGUCGCUCAAGGUAAGACAACGGAGCAGACAGGACAACCUUGCUAAGGAUAAGAGGAGUGAUCAUACAGAUAGUGAAAUGAAGACACCAUGUAUUCCUCAAGACACACAAAAGUGGCUUACAAAACUAAAACAGUUUGACAUGAAUUGGUUUGAGUAAAAGAGGAUUGAUUUUAUAUUGUGUAUACCCGUGUUAGUGUGGUUAUAGUUCAGUUCAAUGAUUCUCCACCAGGCCAUUCAGUAUUCA